AUGAGUGAAAUGGAGAGUAGAGAAAAGGAGUCUAAAGUAGGGUUGCCUCCAGACAUCGUGCAAGCUACCUUACCGUUCUUAAGUAGCGAUGAUAUUAAGAACCUCUCGCAGACGAAUAAGUACUAUAAUACGUUACUAGAUUUUGACCAUUCUAAAACCUUGUGGCAUGAACUGUUUCAUAAAGCAUUUGGCACACUAAGAACAAAUGACGAGCCUUUUCUGUGUCGAAAUUCCACAGAAUUCAAGACUUGCACAGAAAGCAUUCUAAGAGAAGCAUACCCUAAUUUGUCAUGGCAAGAUUUAUACCUAUUACGAGCAUACGAUGCCAAGUUUUAUACUUGGGGAUAUUUGAAGCAUGGAAGGCUAGGAUAUACUGUCAGUUCCAAUAACGAACUAGCUGCCACGUCUCUAAAUGGGCCGAGUCCGCGAUUUAAAUAUGGUGUGAAUACUCCCACAGAAGUUCCUUGGUUUAACAGUAGGACAAGACCUAGAAGUAACUUCACUUCUUCAGAAGAUCCAUUAAGUGCCAUCAAAAAAGAUGGAGAUGAAAUAAUAGCUCAGGUGUCUAGUGGAGGUUUUUCUUUUCAAAUAUUAACUGAAUCUGGUAAUCUAUAUAGCACCGGAUCUACUUUUUCUGGGGGGUUGAAAGGACCAGGCCCCAAUAGUCCACAGCACGACUAUAAUCCCUUUAGAGAAAUGAUUCACAAUAUGGAAAGAUCUUAUCCGCGUAUUACAGGUCGUAGUAACGGAAGUACCGUCAAUACCACCGGUACGUUUUCUGGAAUAAGUAUGGGCGGUAGCCACCCUUCUACUGCUCAUGAAUCAGGAAAUAUUCAAUCAAGUCCAGCUCAGCACGUUACUGUAGACAGUGGGCAAGCACCAGCACCAUCACCUGGAGGAAAUCGUAAUGGUGUCCCUAGAACUACCAUGCCUUCAAUGGGGCCCCAUGAGAAUAUUUAUAGUGAAAUAGAAAUGCUAGAACGAAGUGCUAAUAAAGCAGUACCAGGAAAUAAUCAUAUCAGGAGAAUGUUUGCAAGAAACUCCUUCCCAUUAUAUAGUGGUAGUGAUGAAAAUUUGAACACAUUCAAUGAUAUUCAGUUUGUCGCGGUAAGUUCUGGAAGAAGUCACUUUUUGGCAUUGGAUACAAAUAACAAUAUUUAUUCUUGGGAUUCCACAGAAUCAGAUCAAGGUGUUAAAAUCGAGUUUGCUAAUUUACCUGAUCGUGCUACUAAUCCUAUCCUGAAGAUUGCUAGUGGCUGGAAUUUCAAUUGUUGUUAUAUAUACAAGAUUGGAUUAGUAGCAUGGAAGGAAAGAGAAGCAGUAGAAAAAGGUGAGAGCUUUGCUUUUGCAAAGUACGAAAUUAUACCAAACACAGAUAAUAUCAAUGGAGAUUCAAGGAUCAUCGAUUUCGCAUGUUUGAGAGAUAAUUUGGUUUUCUACAUUAAUAACAAUGGCGAUAAGUUAUGGAAGUACCACAAUGGAUUGAAUCAUGUAAUUGAUCUGGAUAUUGUCGGAAAACUAUGUAAAAUCAAUGUUUGUUUUGCUUCGCUAGUCCUAUUCACUGAUUCACACUGCUAUUCUUUAAAGAUAGCGGAUGGCGACGUUGACAAAGAGAGUUUAACAGAACUAGACAUUGAAGAAAACGUUAUAUCCGUCGCAAGCGGUGACUACCACACCGUGGCACUAACUGAGUCUGGUCAUUUAUAUUCUUGGGGUGUAGAAAGCCAAGAUUGUGGAUGUUUGGGACUCGGUUCUUCUGAAGAAGUAGUGAACCAGCUGCAUGUCGGCAACUGGGAAGGGCAAAGGAACAUUAGGGUAGUUAAACCCAGAAAAAUAGAAAUACCAGAUGGCUACAUUUGUGUCAGUGUAACAGCUGGCGGCUGGCAAACGGGUGCAUUGAUUAUUAGGAAACAUUGA